AAAACCAGCAAAAUGGAGGACAACUACGUUAAAUGCCCCUAUGUUUGGUUGGUUCAUUUCUAUUAAUCAAUCCGAAUAUUCGACAUAGAAUACACAGAGAUAGUCAAAUUGCUAUCUCCAAAAUUGAUCUGCAUCUCCCGGAGUUGGAUUAUAAUUAUAUGAUCGGAUUCUUCGCAAACUUGUUCUUUGGUAUCUCAAUUCCAUCUUCCUCACUCUGACCAUAAAGCUUCUCCUUGUAAUGGCGGCACAGGGUUACGCUCCCGCCGUGCUGAUAAGUGGAGAUGGGACCUUCAACAAUGAUAUUGAUAGGCAUCUGAAUUUGGCCUUCGAGAAUGAUCGCAUCGGUGCCGUUUCCGUUAUUGGUGUCCAAAGUUCAGGAAAGAGCACACUUAUGAACAGAUGCUUUUCUACAAAAUUCCAAGAGAUGGAUGGUAGCCAGGGACCUCAGCAAACAACGAGAGGAAUUUGGAUACAAAAGUGCUCAUCUCCGGAAGGCCACCGGAAUAUCCUUGUGCUUGAUACAGAAGGGACUGACGGGAGGGAGAGAGGCCAAGAGGGUAAUGGCGCAUUUGAAAGACAAACCACAUUUUUUGCAUUGGCUAUGUCUAAUGUGAUGCUGCUCAACAUGAAGUAUGACAAUCUUAAUCUCAACAAUGGUGGGAGUCGACCGCUCUUGGAAACAAUGUUUCAGGUAAUGGUGCGGAACUUUAGCACCGCAAGACGAGUGCAUCUAUUGAUUGUUAUUCGUGACAGACCACCCAAGUCUCCCAUGGACAAACUGAAAGAGCGGGCGAUAGUGAAUCUUCACGAGAUCUGGAAUGGAAUAUUCACUUCCCAAGGAGCAACUAGGCCAGUGCUGGAGGAUUAUCUAACUAUUGAAGUGGACGCAUUGCACCAUUAUGAGUACAUGAGGGACCAGUUUGAAAUGGAGGUGGUCUGGUUGAGAGAUCGGAUUUUCCAGUUGGUUCAGCAAAACGGAAGUGCUCCAGCAGAAUUUGUGAACCUUGCAAGACAGAACUGGAAAGACAUUAAAGAUGAAAAAAUCCUCAACAUAGAGUUAAACCGGAAACUAGUCGACGGCGUACAUUGUGAUAUGCUCAGAGAGGAGAUGGUUCGAGGGUUUGGCGAAGACCAGGACUGGAUUGACAUAAUGGAAGGGGUAAAGGAUGAUAUGUUCAUAAAAACGAAAAAUUUUGGCAAUCAAGUCAGUUCAAUUAUUGGCAUCUACCUCACCCGGUACGAUGACGGGACUCUAUAUCUUCAUGAAGAAACACGGGAUGAACGUAGACAGCAAUUGAUUCGACACAUAUUAAGGGAUGUUGAGCCUACCUAUCUUACGCUGGUGAAAAAGCAAAGGGCUGCAACUGCAGCAUUUUUUGUGAAAGAAAUCAUCGAAAAGCUGACGGCCAAAUUUGAGACUCUGGAUCCGGACAUGCACAUCGCUGAAUAUGAGAAUCUUCUCCAGGAUGUCCGCAUUGAACAUGCCAAUUGGAAUCACCCUUCUGAACAACUGGAGCUACUGCGGACAGAAAUAGCAGGUUAUAAGAAACAGGCUGACGAUAUUCAUCAUUUGCUAAAACAAAAGGAGGAAAAUAGCAAAUCAAUAGUAAAUAGUAUCGAAAGACUAGUGUUCUCUUUAAUGUUCACCCUUCCUGCUGCUGGUUUUGCUGCCGGUGUUACAGUGGCUUCUGGGGGUGCAGCCUUACCUGCAGUGAUUGGAGUUGCUGCAGUCAUUUCUUCUGAAGGAUUAUCUAUGACUAUGGGAAGGUUCAAUAGUUUUAUGAAUGGCUUAUUGUCCUGUAUUCCCGGUGCACAUCUCGUUGUAGAUGUUUAUGAGUGGUUUAAGAUUAAAAAAAGACUUAAAAAAUCCCGUCAGAAGGAGGAUCCUGCUGCAAAGAAAAUAUGGGAGGAGUACAAAAAAAGCAAGUCCGGUCGGAAGGAAGGAUCUACUUCAAAGAAGACAUUGGAGGAGUAUGAAAGCCGGGGAUGAAACAACAAGACUCUGAAACCUUGGCAUGGACUGGUUGAUGCGACCCAAACCUUGGGAUAGAAGCAUAAUUCUCCAAACAAUAUAUAGUACUAUCUUGAGGUUUGGUAUAUUAUCUUUUCCAUGAAAUGAUUCUCUUUUGGUUCGAAAAAAAUAGUCCGUCUUGAAAGUAAUUGUAUAGUUUGGAUUUUCAUUUUUAGUACAUUUACUAAAAAUGAAAAUUUAUGUUGAACAAUUAUUUCAGAACAGAAGCGUUAUUUGAAUUUCAUAAAAAGCACGCAAUUAAAGAGUAAUAUAUAUAUAAUGUGUGUGUGUGUGUGUGUGUGUAUAUAUAUAUAUAUUCAUCAUAACAUAAAUUUGGUCGUUCUAUUUAACUAUGAGGAUCUUACAGUAAAAGUUCCCUAAAUAACUACUAUAUAUUAAUAAACUCUAUUAUAUAAUAAUUUUUUCGGUCCCAACUCGGGACUAGGAAAAAAUAAAUUAAUUAAUAAGAUAAUAUUUUUUUUAAAAAUUCUUAUAUAAAUAUAGGUCCCCUCAAAAUCAUAAAUUAAUGAUGAUAUGGAAUAUUAACAAGAAAUUAAGAAGAUUUAGAAAAGCUGGGAGCAAUUGAGCUUUGUUUUCUUUGAAAUUUAUGUAUGAAAAUAUUCAUGUUUGAUUUUUCUCAUUGCAUUCAAAAGGUCUAGAGUUAUCUCAAAAUAUGACAAAUUUUGGUAUUUGUUUCUUAAAAUUGGUAAAAAUAUUUAACUUAAUAAAUUAUUAAUUCAUCAAUAAUAUAAUAUUUAUCAAUUUAUUAAUAAAGUAAUAAACUCUAUAAAUUAAUACAAUUUUUGUGGAUCCAACAACAUUAAUUUAGAGGGUUUUUAACUUCACCUUCUAAGUUCUAACUACCUUGUCUGAAAAUCCCCACUUUUUUCUUUUUACCAUUUCUUCAUUGUUAUAACAUUACAAAACGUUGUUAUUCCUUUUUUUUUUUUUUUUAUAAAUAUGAGAUUGAUAAACAGUAUAAGAUAACUCUAUCAUUUGUUGUUGCAGGAAAUGAUUAAUGACAGCUUAGGUUUUUCGCCCGUCAACUCCUGAAAGUUAAUUAAUUGCUCAUCAUGAUUCCAUAGGAGAGUUUGGCAUUCUCUGUAGUCUGUACCCAAAAUUUUUAUUUUUUAUUUUUUAAAAAAAAAGCAAAAAAAAAAAAAGAAGAGGGGAGCCUUACGGGUAGUCGGGUAGCUAUAGACUUUCUCUGCAUAUAUUGAUGAAGUCUGCUAUACGUACUGUUUUCUAAAAUUGAUGACGACAAUGUAUAUGAAUCUAUGAUUGGAGAGCUUGAGGAGAAGAGUUGUUGCGAGUGUUUGUGUGUCUGCUAUGUCACUUGCCUCAUUCUGAAUGGUGUAUAUAUAGUCUUGAAUGUAUAAACUGAAUUUUCAAAAUAAAAUAAAAAAGUUUUCUCAUAAAAAUAGUCACAUUGAAUUUUCACUUUUGUUUUUAAUUUUAAAACAAAUUUAAUAACUCAAUAAGAAUUAUUUUUUGGGACAG